UUAACAAGGGCCCAACCCCAGGGCCAAGACCAGAGGGAGCUCAGUCACUACCUCCCCACCGAGCCAGCCCCGCCAGGCAGGGCUGGGAAGGAGUGGGACCGAUUCUGAGAGAGCCGCGGGGAGGAGUCCUGGCUGGGCUGAGCGUGGGGAGCUGCUUGGCAGUGCCAGAGCCCAGGCCCCAGAGCCUUGCAGGAGAGAAGGUGGACCGAGAAGGCAGGCCCCGCGAGGCGUGAGGCAGGGAGAUGGCAGACAGCUACACGGAGCUGGAGAAGGCGGUCGUCGUCCUGGUGGAAAACUUCUACAAAUAUGUGUCCAAGCACAGCCUGGUCAAGAACAAGAUCAGCAAGAGUAGCUUCCGGAAGAUGCUUCAGAAAGAGCUCAACCAUAUGCUGACGGACACGGGGAACCGGAAGGCUGCUGACAAGCUUAUCCAGAACCUGGAUGCCAAUCAUGAUGGGCGCAUCAGCUUUGAUGAGUACUGGACCUUGAUAGGGGGCAUCACGAGCCCCAUCGCCAACCUCAUCCGCCAGCAGGAACAGCAAAGCAGCAGCUAGAGGAUCCCAUCCCCCUGCCCCCACACCGUCCCCAACCCCGAUGCUCUUCCUAGGCUCCUUCCUCAGCCUCCUCUGCCCACCCAGGCCCCUGUCCUCUCUUCUCUCUCUAGACCUACUGACCUUGGCUGAACAGGGGCAGAGCGGGGAUGUCAGGGUCCCUUUGUGAGUUUCUCAGUCUGGGGGUGCCGCUUUGAGGGUCUCAGUCCCUGGAGCCAGCAGGCCCUGGUGCACCUCUGCAACAAUGCUGUCUGGGGCCCCAAGCAUUUUCCCACCUGUUCAGUCCAGCUGCCUUUCUAACCUCAGGUGUUCCUGCCUGAUCCUGGGUACACAGGCUCUCUCUUGACCUUUUGAGGUCAACCUGCUUCUUCAGGUCUCCCUGCUGUCUGGGGAGCACCAGCAGAGUCCUCUCCCCUUUCCCUCGGCUCCUCUGCUGAGUAUGGAGACUUCCUGAGACUGCCCUGCAGCUGCCUCUGGGUCUGGGGACAGCUAAGUGGGGCUGAGUCUCCUCCCUCUUCCUCAGCCACUGAAAUGGGCAAUAAAGGCUGGAUUUGGUGUUUGUGUCCCCCUCACCCAGUCCCUUUGUCAUAUUCAUUAAAACCUUUCCACUUCUGGGCA